GGGUUGGGAUUGGGGCCAUGCAUAGUUGAGAUUGACCCUAAUGUCAUAACAAAAGUUCAGUAUCAAUUUGAAGUGAAUCCGUGUAGAAAUGAAAAAAUUAUAGUAAAUGGAAAUUUUUGGUGGGUGUGGCCUAUGUGGGCGGGGCGCCCCAGGGUUGGGAAUGGGGCCAUGCAUGGUUGAGAUUGACCGUAUUGUCAUAAGAGAGGUCCAGUAUCAAUUUGAAGUGAAUCGGUGUAGAAAUAAAGAAGUAAAUGUAAAAUAACCUAAAAAAAUGAGUGAUAAUUUCUGACGCGGCCCCACCCCAACCGCUAUAACUUUUGACCCAGGGGUCAGAUCAAAAUUCCAAAUAGUGCAGGGUCGCACAUAUCCUCAUAGCUACCAUAGUUAAGUACACAAAGAAACUGCACUUUUGUUUUGACAAUGAAAAAUGCUGUCACGGGAACAGUAAAAAUAAUUCUCGAAAUUGGCUGCGCUCUUUUCGUCGUUGUCAGUGCUCUGAGCUUAUUGAUUAAAAUUGAAUAAAACUGUUAAAAAUAUUGGUCGUUCCGUGAAUUUUAAUGUAAAUAUCAAUAUAACAAUAAUACAUCAAUGGUUAAUUAUAAAACUUCUUAUAUUUAAUAAAAAAUAAACAGAAAAAAUAAUUAUUAAUAAACAGAAUAAUUCCGAACUUCGUGAUCAGAAGCCUUAGGCAAAAUUUAACAUAUUGUAACCGUUUGUCAAUCAAGCGUGUCUUUCAGUAAAAGUUCGUUUGAAAUAUUAAAAUGGAAAAGGGUUCUAUUUUAAAAUAUCUGCAAGGUGGUGGCGACAGGGAAUAGAAAGAUUUAGAAAGGUCAUCACAACGAGAAGCUGAAAGAAUUAAGAAAAGGAAAGAGGUGCAGAAAACGCUGAAGAGAAAGUGAGACAAUAAGCGAGGCAGGGGGCUGACAGACUGAAGGAGGAGAAACAGAGAGAGGUACACCUGAGACAAAUGGAGGAAGAGCGGCGACUGGUGGAGGAGGCAGAGAGGCAGAAGAAGGAGGCAGCUUCCAGGAAGCAGGGCUCUGACAGGGGCAGCAAGUCCUCUAGUAAGAGUCCUUCCCCUGGCAGGCUGACACCAGUAGGGAGAACAAUAAGGUUGGAGAGUGUCUAGCAGGUACAGAGGAGAGGCAAACACAAAGAUGAUCAGUCGCCACUUCAAGUGGACUUCACGUGUGAAAAAGAGUCCACCUCCAGCACGCUGCCUGUCUCCACGGUAACCUCAGUAAACUUGUAGUCAGUGGUCUGUCUACAUCCAGCGAGAGUGUCUCAAUCACAGCCGUGUGCAUGUCUGCGUCCUCUCCUGCCCCCCGCCCUGCUAACACAGGAGGCAAGGCUAAUACCACUCCAAGUAUUGAUAAUAGACUCAUUCUCACUGCUAAGCAUAACAAGAACCACCAGCCAGUGAACCUCUCACCCUAUGUGGGUAAUGGUAAUAUGAGUCCAGCAGUAUCGGAAGCGGCAGAAGUCACUUCUUCCAACAAUCAUAUCGCAAUGCAGCAGCAAGAACUGCUGAAGAAACAAAUCCAACAGUUGAUACAGCUCAAGGUUAAGCAAGAACUGAAGAAGCAACAACAGCAGCAGCAACAACAACAGCAAGCAAAAUUACAGCAGCAGAACAAGCAGUCCCAGCAGCAGCAGCAGCGACUGCCACCUGUAGCAGCAGCGGGCCAGAAGAAUGGAGCAAAGAAACCAGCAGAUAUCAACGGUGAACAGAACAGCUUAAACCACGGGAACGCGAAAAAUGCCCUUAAUGCAAAGCCAACAGUGCAGUUAAACAACUCAAAGGAGACUGGAAGUGCAUCCUUGAGGACAGAGCCAGUGGUGAACCAAAACAACUGAGCAGCUCCCAGCAAGGCUCCAUUACAGGGCAUUGAUGGAAGCCUGCAGAAAGCUGCAGCACAGCAAGACCAGAGUCAGUCAGCCAGCAAAUGAAAGGCCACUAUCAGGAAGCCUGAGGACAAUCUAAACCAACAGAACCAGCCUGCACCUCAGUUACUGAGAAAUGGGCAACUAGCCAGUGCCCAUCAAUCUGGGCCAACAGUCUGUACCACUGGUCACCCACACUUACAGCAGAACGGGUUCAUAGGUCAAGGGCUGCCAGCAAUGGGUUAGGUGAGGCAGCCACCCCAGGGCCAGGCGGAGCACAACGGGGAGGCUAGAACACCCACACCCGAGGAGAUAGGCAAGGGAAAACAGCUGCAGAACUCGCCCCCCUCUGAUCAGCUUGAUGAAGACCUAGUCCAAAAAGAAGUGAACGUCACUACCAACGAAGAGUCUCAGAACAAUGUAUUAGGAUUUUUCAUGCUGUUCAAACAGUUUUUGCGUACAGAAAAUGUGGACGAGGCACAGUAUAUAAUUGUCCAGGCAUCUUCGAAUGGACAGACUGACUGCAACUCCUUGGAACUAUUCAACAGCUUGGUACAGAGACAACCAAUAGUGAGCAAUAGAUGGGUAAAACAAUCUCUGCUUGCUGGUACCACACUUGAUAUGGAGAACUUCAUGGUCACCAAGAUUUGUCAAUAUGGAGAAAUCUGUCACAAAAUUGAUUACCAAGGAUUUGAGUUUGAAUUAAGGGGAGACACAUGGGUUGAUAUAACCAAAGGUCAGCUUUUGAGACUUAUUAAGGAUAUUGGCGGCAUCCCAGUUAUCAACUCAACAGAAGAUACAGUUGUUGUGUGUGCAGACAAUAUGUUGCAUACUUCAAGUCAAUGUCUAACCAAAGAGUGGGUGUUCAGUUGCAUUGUGAAAGGAAAGAUGGUAUCAUUGAAGGAACAGACAACGGAUGGGGACAUUGUUUAUAAUAGCGAUGAAUUAUGUGUGAUUAAUGAACCACUGAAUAAAGUAAUUGUAGCAAAGUCAGGGUCAGCUAAUGGGAAAGACAGGUCACAGAAAGCCCAAUGUUGCAUAUACUGCGAAAGCUAGAUUACAAGUUACAUAGACACCUUGAGCAACAACACUCCAAUGAAAUUGAAGUAGCUAAGAUUCUCAACAUGCCAAAGAGAUCCAAAGAAAGGAGACGGGCAUGGGCAGCCAUAACUGCCAAGGGUAAUAUUCUGCACAAUACAAAAGUAAAAGAAAAAGGGGUGGGUAUCCUAAUACCUAAGUACAGACAGAGCAAAGAACAAGAUAGAAAGAAAUAUCUGAGCUGUGAGUUCUGUAGGAUGCUAAUCAUUUCGACUGACCUAUACAAACACCACAGAAGUUGUGUCAGUAAGCCUGACGAAGUAAAAAGCGAUGCCCCAGUAAAGAAUUCUAAACUUCUUGAUUCUUCGCUA